CUCUAUAAAACAUCCAGGUCACAAAGUGUAGUUCAAUCAAAGAUCGUGUAGUAGAGAAUCUUCAGUUCAGUUGCCCAGCAGUACAUGUACAACUCGGAGUCCCAAGCGAGGCUUCUUUUUCCUGUGACUGCACCCUCUAGCCUACGGAAAGAAAGGAGCCAGGAUGAAGCUACAACUAGGGAACUUGAUCUUGACCGUGAUAUUGUCCGCUCUUAGCCUACACAUCGCCGGUGACCUUGACCUUGUGCGGAAAGAGGUCAAGUUCUCCCAGAGUUUGUUCAGCAAGAUCUCCGGGGUCACGCCCAGCCUUGUGUACUCACCCUACAGCAUCCACUCCGUGAUCUCCCUGACCUGUGCUGGGGCGCGGGGCGCUACCCAGGGAGCGAUGAGGCGUACAUUAGGGUUGAAAGAUGGCGAGCUACAAACCUUUCACAAUGCUUACCGCCGGUGGAAUAGCGAGCUGACCUCAGACACAAUGGUCAAAGUUCACGUGGCCAAUGGACUUUUCGUAAAACCUGGACUGCCUAUUGAGCCGUCCUUCCACGACCUGGCCACGUCCCAAUAUCAGGCGGUAUCGAGGAACCUUGACCUCAGCGCCCAGGGCGGGCCGGAAGUACCCAUCAACACCUGGGUGGCGGAGAAGACGAGCGACAUGAUCCAGAACCUUCUUCCUCCCGGCACUGUGAACGAUCUCACGGCACUUGUUCUUGUCAACACCAUCUUUUUCAACGGGAGCUGGACCUUUCCCUUCUCUCAGUACAAAACAAAGGCCCAUGUGGUGGACCUCCCUUUCCAUGGCGGCAAUUUUUCAAUGACCGUGGUGCUGCCCCACGCCGGCACCUCCCUGGCCACCCUUGAGGGAAAUCUGACGUCACAGGAUGGAGCGACCUUGACCUUGCUGGAAGGUCUGCACACAAGGGAAGUCGACCUGUACCUCCCAAAGUUCAGAAUAGAGUCUGGAUUUUCCCUGAAGAAAGCCCUGACAGAUCUGGGGAUGGGCUUGGCCUUCGACAAAGACAACGCAAACUUCACAGGGAUUGUCCGAGAUGUGCCAACCUAUAUCUCUGAUGUGUUCCACAAGGCUGUCAUUGAGGUCAACGAGAGAGGCACCACCGCCUCUGCAGCCACCGCAAUGGUGAUGUCUAAGAUGUCACUGCGCAUUGACCCGGACGGGCCUGUGGUGGUCAGGGCAGACAGACCCUUCCUCUUCUUCCUCCGGGACGUGCGCAAUGGUGGAAUCUUGUUCCAGGGAAAGUUUUCUGGUCCGGCGAGAGCUUGAACGAACACAAGUGUCCAAAGUAGCACGGAUACCAAAGACCAAACAUCAUCAGGACUAAAUUUAGCUGAGCAUAAAAACAGAGAAAAAGGAACUCAGCAGUUAAAACACAUUUAUCAAAUUAGAGCUGCGUCUGAGCUCCCGUAUUGCGAAGGACAGAAGAAUAAAUAAACCUGGAAAAUAUAU